AUGGCGGACGACACCACUACUACCUACGCACCAAAGUCGCCGGACCUCUCUUCUUUUUUUUCGGCAGCACCCGCCCCGCCCACGCCUCCACUACACAAUCUGCAGCACAACCAGCAAUACCUGAACGAGCUGCAAACCGCCGCACCGCCGGUAUAUGAAUACUCCUCCCCCUCGCCACGCGCCUACCAUCCUCACCAGUCGUCUUCAACUCCUGUACACAUCAAACAGGAGCAGCCCCACUACCCGUAUUCAGCGGCAAUCAAGUCCGAAUCAGUCUUGUCUUCCCAUCAGCCACCACUGCAGUCCCCCCAGCGUCAGCAGCAACAGCACCAAUACCAGCACCAACCACAGUACCCAUCUCCUCGGUACCACCAUUCGCCGCCACAACAGCACCAGCAGCACCCGUCUCCGCAACAUCCACAAAGUGCAUAUGGGAUCCAGCCCGCCGUCAAACAUCAAGAACAUCAGCAACAACCACACCAGCCCUCAACACCACAAAGCCAGGGGUUCUUAGAGCAGAAAAUAUUCGGCACAACCCCUCAGCUUUACGAUAUCCCGUACUAUCAGGACUCCCAACAUCUUCCACAAACACCGGGUUCAGCAACAAUGCCUCCCAGAAAGAACACACAGUCGGCCCCUUCGCCGCCCCCAAUUGAUCCCUCGCCAGUCCGCACAAAGUUUCCCACCGCGAGGAUAAAGCGCAUCAUGCAGGCCGACGAGGAGGUCGGCAAGGUCGCGCAGCAGACCCCUAUUGCCGUUGGCAAGGCCUUGGAGAUGUUCAUGAUUGCUGUCGUCAGCCGGAGCGCGGAAAUCGCCCGGGAGAAGAACUCGAAGCGAGUCACGGCUCAGAUGCUCAAGCAAGUCAUUGAGACAGACGGCCAGUAUGACUUCUUGGCCGACAUUGCCGCCAAGGUUGGCGAUGAAGAGAAGCGGGGCGGCCGCUCCAAGGCCGAGUCGGAGAGUGAGGAAGAGAUGGAAGUCGAGACGAAGAAGAAGGGCAAGGGCGGUCGUAAGAAGAAGGCCGCGUGA